CACACUGGAGAAAAUUUAAGUGGACAAACAAGAGAGGAAGAGUAGGCGGAGAUGCAGUUGGUCGUUGUUCGUUAACAUCAAGUUGCAAUCGAGCCGUUCCUCGAAGUCAUCGAACACCAAUAGCCCAAGUUGAGCAAAAGGAAAAUCAAAACUCUUAAGUUAAUGAAGGUUACGUUUUUGCUCCUAUUUUCGCUUGGUUUCAUUUGCUGUAAACAAUGGAAAGCGCUCUGAAAAUUGGGCCUUCUUCAAUUUGCUCACCGCCCAAGAUUUCCCCUUCACAUUGCCAUUUGCCCAAGAAUUCGAGCUUUCUUCCCAGAAUAGGAUAUGCAAAUCGAUGGAGCGACGCCGGGUCGCUGUCUUCUUCCUGCUCUUCCACUCCUCGGGCUGUGCCAUGUACUGCUGAGGAUGCACACAGGCGAAGAAGUAGUCUUGAAUCUCUUUUUUGUUAUGAUAAGCCUAUUCCUGAGGAAAUAAUUGAGAAGCCCAUCGGGUUAUCUUUGGCUGAGAAAGAUGUUGGAGAAAAUCCUCGAUGCCCAAGUUGUCAGACUAAUGGAGCGAUUCUUUGUGCCACUUGUUCUGGAUCAGGCUUAUAUGUAGACUCCAUCUUGGAGAGUCAAGGAAUCAUUGUAAAAGUGCGAUGCCUAGGUUGUGGGGGAACUGGGAAUACUAUGUGUUCAGAAUGUGGUGGCCGGGGUCACAUAUGACUUGGCUGGUAUACAAGAUAGCAGGGAUUCCUACUCCAUUAAAGUCUGAAUAUGAGGUGGGGUGGAUAAAAGGCAAGUCAGCAGCGGUGACGUAGUGAAGAGGGGUCUCUGUCUCUCCCCUAAGAGUCUCGUGAUGCAGUUGGUAUUUUACCUGAAUUGCGUUCACCCUUUGUAUAUUAACUAAAAAGACUACUGAGAAAAAGAGGAGGUGUUUGUUAUCAAUGCUUUUAGUUCACCAGUUCAAGGGGCUAUCUAAACUCUUGUCCUUCUUUUUUCCUUUUUAACUUUUCUUCUGACCAAUGACAAUUUUCAUAUUAGUUUUUGUAUUGCAAUUUAUGAUAUUCUCAAUUAUGAGUUCAAAUCAUGUUGAGAACA